UAUAACAUAACGGCCGUUUAAAGUGUAAAAAUUCCAUUAUUUACGUUAAAUCAUCAGUUCACUGCCACUUAAGCGGCUAAAAAGAAAAAAAAAACGUGACAACGCAAAUACAAAUUGUGUGCAGCAACAUCAACUAGGUUAUAUCCAAGCAAAGGCACACAACCGCAUUGCCCGAAUUAGCGAGCACUUCCUUGUGCGUUUGUGUGCACUACUGGCUAUGAAUUCAGACAAAUAGUACCACCGGCUGUUUUGCUGCCGUCGUCGCCGCUGUUCAAAUAAGCAAUCAGGCUAACUGACAGCAAGAUAAAAAUCUGGAAGUGAAUAAAAAGUGUGCGGAAGCAUACAAACACAAAUGUAUACCUCGCGCAAACACUAAGCCGAAAACCGGUAGCUAACGUGGUGAUGACUAAAUAAAGCUUGUAAACAUAGAAAAAAUUAAAUAUUACUACGGAAUAACUACACGUAAACGCCAUACUAGUAAGGCUAAGCUUACAACGACAAACGCAAAAAACGUAAAUCGUAAAUUUUUUUUGAAAUUCAAAAAAGAAAACCCAUUGGGCUACCCUAAUAGCUAAGCACAUAAUACAUACAUACAUAUUUUCGCUUGACACAGUCCAAUUGUCCGCGUUUCGUGGGUUAUAUAAAGCGGGUGCGUGUGCGCGCAUGCAAAGUGAAUUUAGCCAUAUUUUUGUGUGCUAAGCUGGCUUUGACUACGCUGCUUCGAUAUCUACAUAUAUUCCUUUAGGAGUACCCUAACAAGCAGCGGCAACCUAUGGUUUGCAUCAGCGAAAAGCAUAUCGCUUGCAACUAUAAAUUGUCGCAGGCAAUUAACCCGUUACUACUGCGAUUUCACUGCAUAUGAUAGUGCGCUGCUUUAUUAAUUUAUCAACUGUACGAACCUGACAUUAUUGUCGCCAUUUUUGCUGAAAAGAGUAAUUCAAUUCAUAAAACUCGCAUCAAGAUGAUUGCCUUACUGACGCUCUUCUUCUAUAUGACAAGUCUGACAAUGUGUUACCAAAGGCUGUCUGUAAACAACAACAAUCACAAUAACUUGGAUGCAAAACCAACACAUAUGCCACCGUUACACUAUCCACAUGGCCACAGACGGAAUGAACCAUACUUUGACAUGACAAUGCCGAAGAAUAUUACAUCGCUCGUGGGCAAAUCUGCAUAUUUGGGAUGUCGUGUCAAACAUUUGGGAAAUAAAACGGUGGCCUGGAUACGUCAUCGGGACCUGCACAUCCUUACAGUUGGCACAUAUACGUACACUACAGAUCAACGGUUUCAAACAUCAUAUCAUCGGGACAUUGAUGAAUGGACUUUGCAAAUAAAAUGGGCACAGCAGCGUGAUGCCGGAAUUUACGAGUGCCAAAUAUCGACCCAACCAGUGCGAAGUUUCUCGGUGAAUUUAAACAUUGUUGACACCAUCGACGAUGAAACGAGCAGUUUUCUACAACAAUACUACAAUGACGAUGCAUUUUAUAUAAGCUCAGACCGUAUUUACCAGUCUGGUGAUGAUGAGUUUGCUGGAAUGUUUGGGCAUAUACAAACCGUAGCGGUACCAACGGCCAGCAUAUUGGGUGGACCUGAUUUGUAUGUGGACAGAGGAAGUACAAUUAAUCUGACAUGUGUAAUAAAAUUCAGCCCUGAACCACCGACACACAUUUUUUGGUAUCAUCAAGAUAAGGUACUUUCAGAGGAAACUUCGGGUGGUCGUUUGAAAUUCAAAAUGAUUAAAUCCGAAGAAACCAAAUCAAUAUUACUCAUCAGCGAUGCUGAUCUACUUGAUUCUGGCAAAUAUUCCUGCUACCCAUCGAACACGGAGAUAGCGAGUAUACGCGUUCACGUGCUACAAGGUGAGCGCCCAGAAGCGAUGCAAACGAAUUCUGCACCCACAUCGCGACACAGCGCUGCCGCCCAGCCAACCAAACUAAUCAGCGCGAUAGUCGGUGCAUUCGUUUUAUUACAAAUAUUAACAUUUUGUUGCAACAAUACAGGCAACGUGAGCGAACAUAAGAUUUACGAGCAAAGUAAAAACAGCCUCCAUAGGAUGGCAGCUUGCAACAGCCAAAGCAAUUGUAAAACACACCCACCCAGCAGCACGCAACCACAGCCGCAGUUACAGCGACAACCACAGCAACAGCCACAGCAGCAAGUGCAGCAGCCAUAUCAAACGUUCGGUCAUAGAGUUGCCACAUUGCUUGCCAUGGCCUUGUUGCGCUGCACCAAUGACACCACUGUUGACAGUAAACUUGCGCUCUCAAGCGAACACCGAAUACAAGAUGAUGCAGCCGAGGAUGUUACUCAACAGCAUCACCACCAACAGUUCCACCAGCGUCAGCAGCCAUUGCUGACUCAACAAACUGUUUUGUACUGUGAUGUUGCUCUCAAAGCAUGGUCGACUGCGCGGUGAUAAACUAGUUAAUCAGCAAUAGGGCGAGCGCGGUUACAACCUAGUAAUGUUGGAGUAAGGACGGUUGAGCGGCUACACACAUACAAAGUUGAACAAACGGCAGUGGAGGUGAUUGCAGUUGUGCGCGAUUUGCCUGUGACUCGCUCGGUUGUAAUGCUGACUGUAUGGGCAAAGGCCCAUCCCCAAGUACACUGCACAUUUCAAGUGGGGAAAUUUAUAAAACUUGGCGCGGCUAAUUACAAAGUAUACGCGUACAUUUUUAUAUACAUAUGCAUGUAAAAUACAUACGAACAGGUGUGCUUAUGUACAUAUUUACCUAAGUUAGUUAUGCAUAAGCAAAGUAAUGAGAAAUCAUAUACAGACUGGGAUGCCAGUGAAUAAAUUUAACCGGAUGGUUAGUGUGUA